CGUCAGUUUCCGACAAAAUGGGCGAACCUCGCCGGGCAGUAGCUUAGACUCUACCUACAAGAUAACACACAUACACCUUAUAAUAAAUGUUUCCUAAACGACAAAAAUAUAAUUGUACAUUAUUUAUUUAAAAAAAAUUCAAUCUCUAUUUUUGUAACAAAAAAAAAAAAAAAAAAUGCUGUACUAAAUCCGCGCCGUGAUUUGUGUAAAAAAAAAAGAAUCGUGAGUGUUUUUUUGGUGUGUAUAGUAAAAUUUCGAGAUAAAAAAAAAAAAAAGAAUUUGUAAAGGAAAAUUUUGCUAUAGUGACAAGUGUUGAAAUAUAAAAAGUGUUUUAGCAAAUUAAAUUUUUUUUUUUUUAGUGGCAAAAUAGUGAGUCCGACACACCCUCUUGACACUCGACAUCCGUCUCGACACGACCAUCUCUUCUUUACCCCUUCGUGCCCCUCAAAUCAUCUCUCUUUCACUACCAAUAAUUGUCUCUCGUUUUCCUUUUUUUCCUCUCAAUUAUAAACUAUCUUCCCAAAGUAAUUACUUGACAUAACCCUUUUGUUUUUAAUUUUUGAAAAUAUUUUUCUAAAUCAAAACCUUGUCUCAGUCUCUCUUUUUUUUUCUCUCUCUCAUACUCCUAUCGUUGCGCCCUAUUCCUCUCUCCCUCUUGCCCUCCCCUCUCCUUCUCUUCUUUCCAACAACGAGAAAUCCCUCUUCUCUCCCCUUCACUCCUCCGCGCCCUCUCCACCCGCCGUGAAUCGAGAGAGGCCGUUCCUCCACACCCCGUUUAUCGUUCGCUCGCUCGCUCCUCGUCGUCGUUGAAAUCCGAGUGCAAGUUGUUGCAGUUUUCAUACACACACAUAUAUAUAUAUAUAUACAAAAUAUAUAUAUAUAUACUCAAAAGGUGCUUCAAUCAUAAAAUUAUUUUUUUUCUCCAAAACUACCUCUUUUUUACUUCCACCCCCCCUCAUCCUUGAAUUCGGUGGGCAAAACAUAACCCGGCUCUCCCCACCACCACCCCCUCUGUGUGUGUGUGUAAUUCAAAAGUGCGAGAGGAUUAAAAAAAAAAAAAAUUAAAUCGCUAUUAUCAAGAGAGUGAGACAAGCCAUUAGGAAAAAAAAGGCACAGUGCCGGCUCAAAAAAAAGGGGGAUUUAGGAAAAAAAAAAAUUUUUUUCCUUUUUUUUCGAUAUUUUAUUUUUUUUUUUGGUGAAAAAAUCCUGUGUGGAAAAGAAGAAGAAGAAGAAGAAGACGACGAAGACGACGUGUGAAAAGAGGGAAACAUGGCGGUGAGAAUGGAGAAUGUUGCCGCGGCAAGGAAGAUCAACUACAAAAUGAUGGGCACAAAUGGUCCAAGGCCAACUUACGCUGGGGCGAAUAAUGGUAAUGUGGGUAGCGGUGGCGCUGGUGGUGGCGCAAGUGGAACAGGUGGCGCCAGUAACGUGGGAGUUGGUCCAAAUGCAGGAAGCGGUGGCGUUGGCCAUGGACUAAAAGGUGGAGCUGGUGGUGGGCCAAGGGGUGGUAAUCCAGUGCAAUAUCGUGCAAGUGGUGCCGCAUGGGGAGCAGCGCCAUCACACGCAGCAGCAGCGGUGGCAGCAGCCGCCGCAGGUUAUCCGCCAUAUACUCGGUAUCCAAAUGCCGCGGCCGCUGCAGCAGCAGCGCAAAUGCCAGUUGGCGCACAACAGAUACCACCAGCUCCAAAUCCAUAUAGCGCCACUUCAUAUGCCCAACAUGCAACCGUAAAUAAUCAAUACGGUGGACAACGAGUACCAACAGCCUCGUCACCGGCAAAUACAAAUAGUAGUUCCAGUAGCGCCACAGGUAGUCAAAGUGGUACAAUGAGUACUAACCUUAGCAAUAAUGCAAUGCAGGGACAGCAGGUGGAGCAAUUGUCGAAAACAAAUUUGUAUAUUCGUGGCCUCAACCAAAAUACAACAGACAAAGACCUCGUCAAUAUGUGUUCUCAGUAUGGAACUAUAACCUCUACAAAGGCGAUUCUGGACAAAAAUACCAAUAAAUGUAAAGGUUAUGGCUUUGUAGACUUUGAGACACCGUCGGCGGCAGAGGGUGCUGUGAAAGCACUGGUGUCCAAGGGCAUCCAAGCGCAGAUGGCGAAAGUGGGUAUCUGGUUGCUCCGUAGACUGGCCAGUGUACGUUGGUUGUGCAUGCAACAACAGGAGCAAGAUCCAACCAAUUUGUAUAUUGCCAACCUGCCACUCAAUUUCAAAGAGAACGACGUAGAAGGAUUGCUUGCUCAAUAUGGCCAAGUCAUUUCCACGAGGAUUUUACGUGAUACGACAGGACAAAGUAAAGGUGUAGGAUUUGCGAGAAUGGAAUCGAAGGAAAAAUGUGAACAAAUUAUUCAAAUGUUUAAUGGAAAAGCAUUGCAAGGUGGAAAGGAUCCGUUAUUAGUGAAAUUUGCGGAUGGUGGCAACAAGAAAAAAUCCUUGUACAAAAGUGCGAUAUGGAGGGAGACGGGAGAUGUGAGUAACUUGAAUAUGGCUCUAAAUUAUGAUACGUCUGGAGUUGGACAAAAUGGAGUAGCCACAGCGCACAUGGUACCUGCGACAGCAUUGGCACAGUACAGAAGUCAUUAUGGACAAGCAGUACCUGGUUAUAAUGUACCAGGAGCGCCAUGGGUCACUCCUUACCUCGUGCAAACUGGACCUCCCCACAUGCAACAGGUCGACAUGAUGCCAUCGGCUGAUCCCAGCAAUCCUCAAUAUAGCAUGAUUCCACAACUAACAACCCAAAUGUCAACCUUACAUCUUGGCACAGGUUCGUACAUCGCAGCAAGUCCGCACCCCUAUCCAUAUACAACUUAUCCACCACCAAGCAUCAUUCACACUAUGCCAUUGGGUGAUUCCGAACAAACGAGCAAUGCAGCAUCACCCGACGAUUCUUAUCAACAGUACCAGGCUCAGCAGCCCAAGUAGGCCACACUUUAUAGGUUCGACUAUACCGAGGGUUACAUAAGUUAGAAGAGGUACGCCCAUUCAAGUUGAAUAUAAAUAUAUGAAAAAAAAGAAACAAACAAACAAACAAACAAACAAAAAUGAAUAACGAAGAUUAGACGAAACUUAGUCGUUAAAAAUGAAAAAUAAAAAGUCAAGAUUUAAGAAGAAUAAAAAUAAUAAUAAAAAAAAGAAGGAAAGAAUGAUUAGAAAGAAAGGAGAGAAAGAAAUAAAGAAAGAAAAAAAAACAAAACAAAUGAACUCUUCCUCACGUAAAAAAAAAUUGACUUGCCAGCCAUCUUUUAUACGUUUUAUCCAUCAAGAUAAAUAGGUAAAAGUAGUUAAUAUUUUGCAACGAGUAGUGGGAACGAAUGUGAACAAAAAAAAAAAUAAUAAAAAAUAAAAAAAAAAGACGCGGACCCGAGUGAAAAAAAAGAAAAAUUCAAAUAAAAUAGAAAAGAGAGAAAAAAAUUUUACAGCGAGAGAAUGAGAGAGAGAUUGUCUCUCUUUUAUGUAAAGAGAGACAGAAAGAGUGAAAAAUGAGUGUGAAAAAAAUUUCUUUUUUGGAAAAGCGUGAAAAUUUUUUUGAAAAAAAACAGGUUUUAAAAAAAAUAGCGAGUAAAAUUGAAAAAAAAAUGAUUUUUAUCGAUUUGACUCUUGACGGUUAAAAUGCAAAGCUGUAAAAUGUUAAGAGCAGUAAAAAAAAAUUUUUUUUUUUUAGUUUAGAAUGUGAAUUGUUUGAGAGCGAGUGAGAGAGAGAGAGAGAGAAAAAGAAUUGUGUAUGUUUGUGUAAGAGAGAAAAAUAGAAAGAAUGAAAGAAAGAAAGAAUGGGAGAAAAAAAAUUAAAAUAAAAAAAAAAAAAAAAAUAGGCAACGGGCAGCUUAGCGUCAAAGCUACUAGGCUUCCAUGAAUAACUUUUAGGUAUUAAUUUUACUAAGGAAAAAAAAACGAGGAAAUAGAAAUGAAUGAAAAAUUUUGAGAGUGUGUGAAUAAUUAUUUUAAAAAAGAAAAACUUGUAAACUAGAACAAAAAAAAAAUUAAUAAAAAUAAAUAAAAAUACAUGAAACUCUGCUCAGAAAACACAAAAUAAACAAUAUACAAAACAAACAAAAAAAAAAAUGAUACAAAGAAAAAUUUCUUCCCAAUGGAUUAUACAAUAUUUAAAAUAAAAAAAAAUAACGAUAAGGAAUUUUAUUAAUAGAGAAACAAGAAGCACUUCCAUUUGCUAGAGAGAAAGAGAGAGAGAGAGAAAGAAACGAUUUUUUCAAAAUCCGUACGAUCAAUCGCGAAACGAAUAUAAAAUUAAAAAUAUUUUAAUUUGCCUUAAAAAAAAGAAAAGAAUUUUUUUUCGGCUUUUGCUCAUAAAAAUUGGAAAAAAAAGUAAAUUUUCCUUGCGUUUUUUUUUUUUUUUUUUGUCUUUUUUUAAAACAUUCCAAGCCGGGACAAAACAGACAUUUCAAAAAUACAAAAAAUUAAAAAGAAAAAAAAAGUAGAAAAAUACAAAAAAAUCCGAUAUUGUAUUUUUACGAAAACAUUUCGUUCGAUUCCAAAUACUCGCGGACGACAAAUGUGUAUUUUUCUUGAAACAAUGAAAAUACAAAAAAACAGAAUUUUUCCAAAAAAAAAAAAUGGAUUAUCAUCACUUAGAUGUAUGCGUGUGUGAGUGAAAGAGAAAAAAAAAUAAACGACGCAAAGAAUUUAAAAAAAAGCUUUAUUUGGACAAAUAGUGUGCGAUUUAAAAAAAUAAAUAAAUAAAAAAUAAAAAAAAAAAAAAAAAACGAAGAGGGAAAGAAGCUAGUAAUUUUUUAGAGAGAAAAAAAAGAAGCGUUGUGUAUUUAUUGAGUACCCGCAAAAAGUUAUAACUACGAAUCGAUAUCAGUUUUAAUUGUACAGCGAAUAACAAGAUAUUUUUUUUAGAAUUGUGCCUUUUUCAGACUCAAUCCAUUAGAGAGACAGAGACAGAGACAAAGAGAGAGAGAGAGAGAAAAAGAAAAAAAAGAGAGAGAGAAAGAGGGAUAUGUACUGAAAAAAAAAAAUUAUUAUAUAUUUUUAACGUCAGUGUGUAAAAGCGAAACUCGAGCCAAAUUUUCAUCUUCUAGUUAAGAAAAAGAAAAAAAAAAGUUAAUGCAUAAAAACACUAUUAAAAAAAAAACAAAAAAAAAACAAAAAUAAUAAUAAUGGUACUGAAAUUGUUUCUGUGUUGUAGGACCAGUUGUUUGUUUUUUAAAUGAAUUUUUCAUUCAUAUAUAUAUAUAUAUAAAAAUAUAUAUAUAUAUAUAUAUAUAUAUAGAUUUUGUAUUUGUGUAGUUGCCACUGAAUGGGAUUGCCGGCUCGCAAAAAAAUAGAAAAGAAAAUAAUAAUAAUAAUUAUAAUGAAACAAAAGUAAAGAUGAUAAUUAAAUUAAUUUUUUAAAAAACGCAAGUGAUUAGUUUCGAGAUUAUCCAAUUGAAAACUAAAAAAAAAAUCUUUUUUCAAGAGAAAAUAUUUUUUUAGAUUUUUUUUUCUAUUUUAUUAAUAUUUUUUCACAUUUCUAUUUUUUUUUUUUAUUUUUAUAACUUUUAAUUUUAUUUAUUUAUUUAUUUUUAUAAUUUAUAUUAUUUUAUGAAUUUUCGUUUAUUUUUAUUUAAUUUUUUUUAGGAAAAAAAAUAUUUCUUUUUAGAAAUAACAGUUUUUCAUUUAGAAAUUAAAUAAAUCGUUGUUUUAAAAUAGUAAUUUAAAUAAUUUUUAACUGAUUUUUCAAAUUUUAUAUUUUUUCUCUUUUAAGGGAAAAAAGGAAUUUUUUUUUUUUUUUUUAAAGAAAAGAAGAGUUUUCAAUUGGAUUUUAGAAAAAAAAAUGUGCACAACAGUUUGGAUGAAUUUUUUUUUACUUGGCAUAGACGUGGAAAAAAAUAAUCUACUCUAGCUUUUUUUUUUAUUAAUUUAUUUUUUAUUUAUUAAUUUUCAAAAUGUAAUAAAGUUAAAAAAAACUCGUGUUUUUUACCCUAAAAAAUUCUUAUUUUUCAUUGAUUUUUUUUCCUUUUAGUUAAUUAAUUUUUUUUUUUUUUUUUUUUUUUUUGUACGAAAGGAAUAGAAAAUUUUUUCUGGGUUAAAAAUAAUGAAAAAAAAAAUUGAUUGUGACAAGUUCGGAAAAAAGAAAAAAUAAUUUUCAUACAAUCAGGUUUGUAAAUUCGUCCAAUUUCGAAAAAUAGAAAAUAAUAAUUUAUUCUACAAAAAAAAAAUUUUGGUUUUUGGAAAGAAGCAUUUUUUUUUUGAAAUUAAAAAUUCUUUAAUUUAGAAUAAAAAAUUUUGUAUCAUAUUUAAAAAAAAAAUUUCUCUUUUUUUUGCUAUAUUUUAGAAGUAAUUUAGAAUUAAUUUUUUUAUAAUAAAAAAAAAAUUUUUUUUCAUAUGUGCAAAACAUCGUCUCUCUUCACUCUGAAGCGCAAUUAUUUUUUUAGUAUUUUUUUCGCAAUUUGUAUAUCUGAAAAAUUCGCGUUCAAUGAAAAAGAAGCUUCGAGUCCAGAGCGAUUAGAAAAAAAAGAAAAAUAGAAGAAUUCGAACAUUUUAGAAACUCGUCUUUUUUACUAUAAUUAGAAAGUAAUUUGAAAAAGAAAAAAUAAUUUUUUUUAAUAUUAUUAUAUACAAAUCGCAUAUAGGCUAGAAAUUAUUAACAAAAAAAUAAUAAUUAUUAUUAUUAUAAUAAUAAUAAUAAUAAUGAAAAUUUAGAGAAUUAGAUUGUUCUCAAUUUUUUGAGAAUUGUAUAAAGUAAUAAAAAUUUUUGUAAUCUAAAUAAUGAUAUAUAUAUAAUUGUGUACAAAUUAAAAUUAUUUUUUCAAUUUUGUUUUUCGUUACUGUUGUGUUACUCUGUCUUGAUAUUUAACAAUAUUUUUCAGGAAUUUAUUUAAAAUAAUAGUAAUAAUAAUAUGUAAUUAUAUUAAUAAUAAUAAUAAUAAUAAUAUUUUCCAAACGGUUGUGUGUGAAAAAGACAAAAGUGAUUUUUAGAAAAGGAAAAUUUAUACUAUUUACUGUAAACUGUUAUAGUUACUUUUUAAAACAAAAAAAUAAUAAUAAUAUUCAGAGUGCCGAGUAAAAUUUUUCUAAAUAUCAAUAAACAUUAAAAAAACAUAAAUAAAUAAAUAGAACUCAAAAAAUUCUUUCAAUUUUACAAAAACAAAAGUAAAAAAAAUUUUCUAAUUCCUUGAAAAGGACGAAAUUGCAAUCCUGAUGGUUGAAUUCAUCCGCAUUUACGCGCAUAUCGAAAAUUAUCGACAAAAAUCGAUAUAUUGAUUGUCUCAUAACUCGAUAUAUCGAAAUUUAAAUCGCUACAUCGAAAUAUAAUUCGACAUAUCGAUAUAUUGAAAUAUAAAUCGAUAGAUCGAAAUGUAAAUCGAUACCUAAUUCGAGAUAUCGAAACAUAGAUCAAUAAAUCGAAAUAUAAAUCAAUAUAUCGCAGUAUAAGUCGAUAUAUUGAAAUAUAAAUUGAUAGAUCGAAAUGCAAAUCGAUACAUUUACUCAUAAUUCGAUAUAUCGAAACAUAGAUUGAAAUAUCAAUCAAUAUAUCGCAGUAUAAAUCGAUAUAUUGAUAAACAAUUCGAUAUGUCGAAACAUAGAUCGAUAUAUCCAAGUGUAAAUCGAUAUAUCGAAACAUAGAUCGAUAUAUCCAAGUGUAAAUCGAUAUAUCGAAACAUAAAUCGAUAUAUCGAAACAUAGAUCAAUAUAUCGAAAUAAAAAUCGAUAUAUCGACUAAUAUUCGUUUUCUAUACAUAAAAUUUGAAUUUUUAAGAUAUUUUUGCUUUUUCAAGGCAAAAAAAAGCGGAUGAAUUCAUCGCCAAGGAACUAUAAAUAAAUUUUAAUGUUAAAAAAAUGAACUAAAUUUUUUUUCUAAAUUAAAAGAAAAUUCGCAAUAGCGUGUGUGUACAAUUUUUUCAGUCAAAUUCAAUGGGGGAAAAAAUAAUUAAAUUAAAGCCGUGCGUAGAAAAUGGAAGAGUUUUUGUUUUUUUUUUUUUUUUAACCGCGUGUUAUUUUAAUUUUAUUCUUUUUUUUGAAAUAUAAUGUCGAAACGAGUUUUGAAACGAGGAAAUAAAUUCUCAAUAAUAUUUUAAAAAAGAAAAGCAACAAAAAAAAAGAAAAAUUAAAAGAAAAGAAAAAACACAAAAGCUUUCUACCAAAUAAUGCGAGUCACGUUUUUUUUUUUUUUGUGUUCAUUUUUAAAUGUGACACGAUAAUUGAGUGGCUAGUAUUACGCGAAAGAAUAGAUAACAGUUUAGAGAGAGAAAGAAAGAGAGCAAACGAGAGAGAGAAAAUGAUUGUAGCUAUUAUUAUAAUAUUACAAUAUAAUGUACUGUAUUAUUAUAAUUAUUAUUGGAAACGUCAUCUGAAGUAUGAAAGAUUUUUACACUGUUAAAACUUGAAGUAAAAAAUAUAUUUAGUUUAUUUUGGUACAUCACAAUUUGAUGAGAGUGAGUGAGAGAGAUAAAAAAAAAUGUGAGAAACAGAAAGAAAGCGAGAAUAAAUGAAAAGUAUGCAUUUUUGAUCCGAAUGAGAGAGAAAGAAAAAAAAAAUAUGUAGUGUCAUGAACUAUUUUUUAAGAAACCGAUUAUUACUCGAUUUUGAGUCCGUGCGAAUAUUAAAUAAAAAAAUAAUAAAAAAAAAAAAAAAAAUGAGAAAAGAUGAGGAAGAUAAUUUUGAUGUUGAUAAUUAAAAGUGAGAAAGAGAGAUAUAAAUGAAAAAAAAAAAACGAAAGAAUCAUUAUUGCAAUUAAAAUUAUUAUCUCGGUUUUGAAAAAAAAAAAAAAUUCAUUUACCGAAAUAAUAAUUUUAAUAACUUAUUUUGCGAGGGAAUUAUUCCCCCCCAUAAAUAAUUAAUGAAAAAUAAUGAUCAAGAAAAAAAACCAAUUUGCGAAUGUGUAAUAAUUUUUUUUUCAAUUUUUUUUUUUUUUUUUUUUGCACAAACGAUUGUCACGAUUUUGACUGACAAACAAAAAAAAACAAAAAACAAAAAAAAACAAAAAAAAAUCACAUGUGAUUUUUUUUUAAAUAGUGAAUUUUGAAAAUUUUACUAAAUAGACUAAAUAUAAAUAUUAUUACGACGACCAAACACGAAAACAAAAAAAAACAACAGCAUCUAGUGCUGCACACUGAAGAAAGAAAAGAAAAAAAAAAGCUUCGGCCGAAUAAGCCAAUGCUCGAUUUAAUUAUUUUUUUUUGUCUCUAAUUUAACAAAAAAAAUAAAAAUAAAAAAAGAGAGAAAAACUGAGAAAAAGAAAAAAAUCGAGAUUUAAUAAAAUGAUAAAUAGUGUAUAGGAUUUUAAUAAGAAGAAAAAAUGACGAAGAAGAAAAAGAAGAUGAUGAUGAUGAUGAUGAAAAAGAAGGAAAAAGAAAAUAAAAGAUGGAAAGCGAUUGAGCGUGAAAAAAAAAAAAGAAAAGUGAAAAAGAAAUUGUGUAGCUAGUGUUGACUAUGAAUAGGCUAGUAACUACUUUGAAUUAAUGAUUAAACGAUUAAGAAUUAAAAUUAGGUACAAUAUAUAGUUUGAUAGGUAGAAUUACGUCUCUGCCUCUCUUUGCAAUUUUUUUUUUCAAUGUUCGGGCGUCAUCGCUUUUAUUUAUUUUUUUUUCUAUUAAAAAGAAAAAUUACUCUCAUUUUUUUUUUUUUUUUUUUUGCGCCCCACAAUUCUCAUCUUCCAACUCUUCUUUUCAUUUUAAUUUUAGUCGUUGUUUUCUUCUACUUUUUGAAGAAGAAAACAAAAGAAAAUAUUAAUCUUAAUUUGUAGUUUUACAUGAAAUGUCGCAAUACGAUUUCAAAAAAUAGGCGCCAAAAUCGAUAUAUCGAAAAAAAACAGUAUCGAUAUUCGAACUAUAUCGAUUAAUCAAUAAAAAGUAAUUGAGAACUAAUGAAAAUCGAUAUUUAUUCAAAAUAUCGAUAUAAAUCGAUAUAUAAUCGAUAGUAAACGAUAUAAAUCGAUAUAUUAUCGAAUUAAAUCAAUAUAUAGUCGAUAGUAAACGAUAUGAUCGAUAUAAAUCCCUAUAUUAUCGAUUUGAAUUGAUAUAAAGUCGAUAGUAAACGAUAUAAUCGAUAUAUAGUCGAUAGUAAACGAUAUGAUCGAUAUAAAUCGAUAUAUUAUCGAUUUGAAUCGAUAUAUAGUCGAUAGUAAACGAUAUGAUUGAUAUUAGAAAAAACGUUGUACUUUUGACGUAUCGAAAGAAAAAAAAAAUAUACAUAUAUAUCUAUGUUUUAUUAUAUCGAUAAAUAUAGAAUUCGAUAUAUCGAUAAAAAAACGAUAUAUUUUCAUGUAUCGAUAUGUGUAUAUAAAUAUAUUUAUUGCGAUAUAAGGACAAAAAAAAAAAAUUUGAUGUAUCGAUAGAAAAAUAAUUUGGAUAUAUUUUCAACUGAAAUGUUUCUAUAGAUAAGAAAUUCAUUAUAUUUCGAUGUAUCGAUAUAUAUAGAUAGAUAGAAUCGAUUUAUUUUUUAUCGAUACAUCAAUUUAUUAUAUAAUUAUUAUCGCGCGAGCCAAUUAAACAUUUCACAUUAUAAUCGAAAAAACAAAAAAAAAAUUUAUAUUUUUUGCAUCAUAUAUAUUAGCAAAAAGAAAGAAAAAAAAAUAUCGAUAUAUUUGAAAAAAUCGAUAAACUUAGAUAUAUAUGUAUAUGUGUGUAAUAUAUCGAUAUAUUGUCAAUGUAUUUCGAUGUAUCGAUUAAAUUGAUAUAUAAUAUAUUUUUCAUGUAAGAUGUUUAAAAAAAAAUCAAGAUAUUUCGAUGUGUAUCAAAUAAGAAAAAUCGAUAUUUUUGAUUGUAUAGUUGGGAGAAUGAGAAAAACGAUACAUCUCGACCUAUCAAAUAGAAUGUUUUUUUUUUUUUUUUUAAUUGUAAAUCAAUAUAUACAUAAAACGCAAAGUAUUACAAAUAUAAUUCGAUAUAUUAAUCGAGAUACAUUGACUUUAUUCGAUGUAUGGAUAUAAAUAAUAUCGUUUUUUUUUUUUUUUUUUUUUUGCGAUAUAUAUAUAGAGAAACAUCAAUCGAGAAUAAUCGAUUUUAAUUAGAUAAAUAAUUCGAUUAGUCGAUAUAUACGAUUCGAUUAAUCGAUACAUUUCGAGUAAUCGAUACUAUUUGAUUAAUCGAUAAAAUUCGAGUGAUCAAUAUAAAUACAAUUCAAUUAAUUUAUACAAUUCGAGUAAUUGAUGUAAAUAGCUACAAUUUGAUUAAUCGAUACAUAUCGUUGCAAUUCGAUUAAUCGAUAGAGAAUGAUACAGUUUGCGCAAUCGAUAUAAUUCUUUACAAAUCGAUACAAUUCGAUAUAAAUCGAUACAAUUCGAUAUAAAUCGAUACAAUUCGAUAUAAAUCGAUACAAUUCGAUUCAAAUCGAUACAAUUCGAUUCAAAUCGAUAUAUUCGAUUCAAAUCGACAUAAAUCGAUACAAUUCGAUUCAAAUCGAUAUAAAUCGAUUCAAAUCGAUAUAAUUCGAUAUAAAUCGAUAAAAUUCGAUUGAAAUCGAUACAAUUCGAUUUAAAAGUGCUUUGAAAUGCAGAUAAGAAAAAAAAAUGAAAAACUGUAAAUCGAGAUUAAUAAUAAUAUCGCGAAUGAAAAAACGUGGAGUAAUUAAUGAUUUUGUCAUCUCUUCCUACGGGGAUUUUGGGGCUUUUGAAUAAAAAAAAAUCGUAGAAAAUAAGAGUAAUUUAUAAAAAGAAAACUUUUUUUUUCUUUUUUUUUUUUGAAAAAUAGUUGACGCCACUUAAAAAAAAAAAAAAAAAAAAUACAUUGACCUUGAGAGGAAUACCGAUCAGCCCUUUGCAUUUUGAACCCGUCAAGACUGACUGGCUAUUCAUAUUAAUGAUAAAUAUAUUAUUAUUCUACAACAUAUAUAUAAAUAUAUUAUAUCUACUGUAAUAUAAUAGUAAGGACUGCUUGCGCUGCGCACCACGGGACUAAUGUUUUGGGCUGGUUGGUUUUUUUUUUUUUUUUUUUUAAUUUUUGCGCGAUAAAAAAAAAAAAUAUUUUCCGGUACUUGAUACACAAGUUCUGAGAAAAUUUAAAAUAAUAAAUUAAAUUAUAAUGAAAUGAAAAAAAAAAUGCUUUCCAUAAAGCUUUCUAGAAACUCUAGCGUAGCUUUUAUUAUAGACUAAAAUAGGUUUUCACAAUAGGUAUUAGGUAAUAGAAAUUUUAGUAAUUAAAAAAAGGAAAAAAAAGCAAAAAUUGUAGGGUGUUUUUAAGAAAAAAAAAUGAAAAAAAAAAUUAAAUAAAACCGCUAGGCGAUUUUAUCGGCUUAAGAGCGUGUGAGUGUCUAUGUGUGUGUGUGUGUGUAUUUGCAAUUUGUUGAAUGCGUAUGAAAGAUUUUUUUUUUUUUUUUUUUUUGAGCAGUUUAUAGAAAGAUAUAAAAAAAAAAAGAAAGAAAGAAAGAAAAGAAAAUAGAAAAGAUGCGAACGAGUGCUUAAAUAAUAUGAAAAUAAUUAUAAUAUUAAUAAUAGUAAUAAUAUUAAAAAUAAUAAUAAUAAUAAUAUUAAUAAUAAUAAUAGUAAUUAAGGAAACAAGGAAAAAAAAAAAAACUGUGCGAGUGAAAAUAAUUUUUUGAGUGAGACUGCGUUUGACUUGAUGUUUCGCGACGAAAAAACAUCAUUGUGUACUUUGAAUUGUACAGUCUUUAGUUGGUGAAAAUUUAAGUCAUUGUUUUACAAUUUACAUUGUUAAAAGAAGAUUUUACUGUAAUAAGGAAUUCCUCUUGGUUAUAAUUUCUAUUUUUAAAUCCCCCUCUCUUCUAAUUUUUUUUUUCAUUUGUUUUAAUUUACUUUUUUUUUUUGUUUUUAUAAUUUUAGUUUUUAUUUUAAUUUUAAUUUUAAUUUCAUUUUUUACUUUUUUUUUUUUUUUUUUGCUAUUGAGUGACAUUCCCAUUUUGGCGGUCCUCUCUCUUUUCAAGAAUCCAAAGAGUCCAAAGAAUCCGAAAAGAAUUAUAAAAUUUCUUUUCGGAUUUCCUUUUUUUUGCGUUAAUUUAUUUAUUUAUUUUUUUUUUGUUUUAGUUAUUAAUCGAGUCUGCGAAAAAAAUUUACAAACGCAUACAUACACACAAACAUACACAAUUUUGGCAUACGAAAGCAAAAAAAAAAAAAAAAAAAAAAAAAAAAAAAAAAAAAAAAAAAAAAAAAAAAGAAAA